AUGACGCCAAGUGAACCACUGAAGCCGUGCGAAACCCCCUCUGAAAAAGCAGAUAUCCGUGAUUGUCAGAGCCGAAGUGCUUUGCCUAGACCGGAUCAUGCUGAUCCAUUGCCUAAGCCUGAUGUGAGCCCCAAAGAUGUGACCAGCAGCAUGUAUGCUCAGCCGUGUGAAACCAUGUUUGCCACUGCAAAGACCUUAGGAAUCUUGGAUUUAGGUGCUUCUCAGACAGUGAUGGGCCGACAUCAGCUUGAUGAAUUUUUGCGUGGCCUGCCGGAACCUGUCCGCAGCAAGGUGUUUGAACAGCCUGUAGAGAUGUCUUUUCGUUUUGGAAACAACAGCGUAGUUCCCUGCAACCGAGCCAUUUUUGUUCCAAUUGACAAGUUCUGGAUUAAGAUUGCAAUUGUUGAGUCUCGAACUCCAUUCUUGAUUUCGAAUAAUGUUUGUCGAAGUUUAGGAGCCAUCAUCGACACCAACAAUCAAAGCAUCCGAUUCCAGAGGUUAAACUGUGAACUGCCUCUACAGCUGUCGGGAAGAAAGCUCUUCCUGUUGGACUUUUGUGAUCUUGCCGCACAGAGACCGCCUCAGACACAAAUGAUGCCUGAAAAAUCAGUGGUGGCUGAAGACCGCAUUUUUUCAUGUCUGGAAGACCAAGAUUCACAGGGGCAAAGUUGGCAGCCGGAACAUGCCAUUGAGACUCAUGAGAUGUGUCACACGGAAGCAGCCACUGAAAUCCAGAAACAUGAGACAUGUCACAUGACCAGCAAUUUGGCCAGUGUUCCACAGUCCUGCCCUGCUCGUGCCCAACCCGCCAACGAAGAAACUCAUGGCGAAUCAGAAGAGUCAUGGGAUCAGAUCAGUGCACAGGGCUUGAUCGUCGAGAACCAGAACUCUCAGCGUCUGGAUGUGAUCGAGGAUGCACUCUCUCAGAUCAUGAACCAACUCCAAGUACUGACACAAGUGACGCAGAAUUCCAGCCUUGCAUAG